AAGUAACUUACUUUAUUUUAAUGGUAAAAACUUGAGAGACCUCGACGUAUAGAUUUAUUAAAAAUGGUCCGACAAGAGACAAGACAGAACCAGAAUCAUGAAUUGUCAUGAUAGGUAUAUCGGACGAGAAAUUAUCAAUAAAAAUUCCUCGUGUAGUCGUGUACGACAUGGCCCACCAAUCGUGGGGUGUACAUUUAUCCAGUUUUGGUUGGUCACACUGUAAAUGGAUGCAUCUGAAAUUUGGGAUGAAAUUAAUUUGUAAACAAAUCAUAUUAUUCUGAUUUCUUGAGUGCAAGCAUGUUUUUGAUUUUUCAAUGAUUAUAGGACAGGAUAUUAGGAUAAUGAAAAAUAAUGUUAGUUUUUGAGUAUUAAUUGCUAUUAAAUGUUCUCAAGGAUUUGGGUGCGAUUCAUUAUAGUAAUGAACUUACAGUCUUAUCACGGUGCUGUAAUUACUUAAUUAGUCAAUUGAGGAAGGCUCGUGUUCAGUAGUAAAACAACCAGUUCAGCGAUAUGGAUAUUCCACAACCUCCAGAAGGUAAGAAAUAAACUAACUUACUAAACAAACAAUAACAUUAAUAUUGAUUUUAGACCACGAACUGCGUACAAUCAUAGACAAAUUAGCCGUUUUUGUAGCACGCAAUGGACCGGAAUUUGAACAAAUGACCAAAACCAAACAGAAGGAUAAUCCAAAAUUUGAAUUUUUAUUUGGUGGCCGCCACUUUGAUUAUUAUUUGUUUAAAGUCACUACAGAACAAGCAAGUAAGUCAAUAAACUUCAGAUGUAUUUUUACCUAUUAUCUAAAAAUGGUAUCAGUUUGUGCAAUAUUUAUUUAAUUUUUUUUUUUUAAUUUUAAAAGUUGUUACACUUAAGUUAGACACUACUGCAAUGACAGUUGUUUACAGUUUGGUUUCAAUUGUCGUUUUUAGUAAAAAAAAGUAUUUUUUAAUGUUUGCGCUAUAUAGUGUACUUAUAUAUUAUUAUUGAGGUGUCCUAAGUUUAGUAUUACUUAUUGAUAACAGAGUAUUUUAAUUAAAUUGUUUAAGAACAUUUUUGUUAUUCUUUCUAAUAUAAAAAUUUAUUUUUUAGUGAAAUUAUUUAUUUUAAUAAUACUUAACCAAUUUGUUAUGUAAUUAUUUAGUAUUGAAGCAAAAUAGUGUAAGAGAAAUGGCACAUACUGCAGUUGCAAACAAUACAGUGAGUACACAGCAAUUGAAUAUGGCUGCUGCCGCAGCUCAAUGGUUGAAUUUAAAUCAAGCAAAUGAUUGCCAAUCAACAAUUGUAACUCUGGAGUCGUUAAACAAUCAGCAAUCAAAUUUGCAGCAACAAAUUGCACAAGCAGAGCAAAAUUUUAAUUCUCAGCUAAUGGUGUGAAAUAUAAAUAUACAUCAUAUAAAAAUAUUAUAAAAAAAUUAAUUGUUUUUUCUCAAAUAAUAAUUUUACAUUUAUAGAUUUUGGCACAACAGCAACAAGUUGCUACGGAAGACAAAAUAUUGUCUGAGCAACGAGAAUGGAUUAAUUCUGAAGCUGCUGCUAAUGAAUUAUCUUUAAUUGAGUUGUCAUCUGUACUUGAACCAAUUAUCAAAGGAUGCACUAAAGAUGCAAUAGCUAAUGGUAAAUCGUGGAUUAUGAAACAAACAGCCAGUCAACGAAAAGUUGAAGUUAUCUCACAGUACUUACUUAUGGAGUGAGUGAAAUCUUAUAACUGUAGGGGUUGAAUUAUUUUAAUUCUUAUAGCAAAUAAAAAUCAGAAUCAAAUCUGUAAAGUUUUUGAUGAUUUGAGAAAAUGAAAAGGAACUAUAAAUAGAAGAGUAAUUAAAAAGAAUCAAUAAAUGGAAACUGAUUAAAAAUAUGGUUAAACUAUAUAUCUUAAGAGUAAAUGCCAAAUAAAUUUAUAUAUCUUAGUAGAAUUUAUGUUGAUUAUUUUGAUUCUCAACUAAAAUUGAAAUCUAUAAAAAAAAACAAUAUAUAUAUAUAUAAUCAACUACUAACAUUCCUAAUUAGCCUUUUUAAUAAUAUAUUUUUAAUGUUUUUCUUUUUUUUUCAAUACAGAGUAAUGGAUCCUAAUGCUGAAUUUUCUAAACAAUUGCACUUAAUUUAUUUAGUUAAUGAUACAGUGCAUCAUUGGUAAGAUUUUAAUGGUUCUUACUUUUUAUAAUUAAGUAAAUACUUAUUUUUUUUUCUUGUUUUAGUAUUCGUAAAUCAGAAAAAGUACUAAAAACAUCCCUUGAAUCAAUCAUUGUACCUAUGUUUUGCUCAGCAAUGAUGAGAGCAAAUGAAGAUCAAAAAUCCAAACUCAACAAAGUAAGAACAGUACAGUCAUAAUUUUACACACUGUUUAAUAUACAUGGCUUCUAACAUCAUUAGUUACUUACUUUAUGGGAAACAAAAAAUCAUUACUUUCCUGAAACUAUUAUGGAAAGAUUAAAAAAUCCUGAUCGAUCAAUGACAGAAUAUAAGAGUGACUUAUUAGAGAAGCACAGAGAAGCAGUUCAUCAACUUAACAUGAUGAUGAACAGUACAUUACAAAGUUACCGUAGCCAACAUCAAUCAUUUUUGGCCCAUUGCAACAAUCAGAUACAGGUAAUACAUUUGUAAAUUUAAGAAAAUAUCAUUAUUAAGUAUACUUCCUUUGGUUUACUAAAACCAUAAUGAAGUACUUACAAGGACACUGAUGUAGGUAUAGAAAAUCAUUUCUUUGUUUACACUAAACCAUCGAAACAUAUAAAACAAUGCGUUUUAGCUAAUGUUGAAAAGCUUAUUUUAUAUAUUCGUUGGAUAUGUAAGAUUUUAAUCCAAGAUGAAUUUAUCAAAUCAGCCCUUUUACAAUUUGUGUUGUCUUAUUGUAAUUUGUUUAAUACCUGUAUUAUGCCAUUAAAAUUUGUAAGUAUAUAUUAAUAUAUACAUGUUUAAAUAAUAUGUACAUAUAAAUAAAAUAUAUUCUGCUACCUAUAUAUAUAUAUAUAUAUGUAUCAUUUAUUUAUUUAUAUUAAUUUGUAUUAUUUUAUUCAAUCUUUCUUUCAUAAAUCAUUUUUAUUGGAAAUUCGAUUCUUUUAGAGUAUAGAAAACCAAAAACGUUCGCUAGAACAACAAAAACAAAGGGUAACUCCUCUUUCAAUUCCUCCAGCUCAAGGUAAGCGCACAUCUGAUUAAAAAAAAAAAAAUGGACUUAUAACAUUUUAUGCAAAAUAAAGUUUCAAAGAUUUUUUUUUUAUCAUAAAAGAUUAUGUUCAAACACAAGGUUUCAAAACUCAAUUCAUAUAUUAUAAAUUAUAUUUGUUAAUAUAAUUUAUAAAAAAAACUUUAUUUUUAUCUUUGAUAUACAUCUAUUAAUUACUCCUUAUUUGUCUUUUUUAUUUCAUAUUAAAUUAUUGUUAAUGUAGAUAGUAUCCUGUUUUUCAUUUUUCAUUUAUUGUAGUUAAAAUUAUAUAUUCUACUAGUCAUAUUUAUUGUUUACAUUUUUUUUGAUUAAUAUUACAAGAAUAUAUAAAACAGCUGAAAAUAUUUGUAGUCAAUCCAUAUUUUAAUUGAACUGUAACUAAGCCAAUACAUAUAUUAGACAAAAUGUAUUGCAGCCCAAAACAACUAUAAGUACAUGCAUACCUACUUAAUAACUCCUGUAUAUAGUUGUUUUCAGAUCAAAUACGGUUGGGUCAAUUGCUUUUCAGCUAUUUUACAAUUCGUUUAAAAAACCUUGUUUAUUCAGCUAACAAUUUUUUCUCUUGAUAAUGGUUUAGUGUUUUUAUUUUCGGCUGUUUUAUGGUUCCCUAAUAUUACUUUUUUUAUUAUUGUUAUUGUUUAUUUUAUUACGUUUUAAUUCAAAUGUUUAAAUUACACUAAUUUUUAGAAAGAUAUAUUAUUAUUAAACAAUUUUCAGUUUUAAAUAUUUUUUUAAUUUUAAGCACUUAACUUUUAAAAUCUUACACCAACACAAGUAGUUUGAUUUAUGUAAUCAAAAUCAACUUAUCAUUCAUGUCUAUUCAUAAUGAUGGUUGUAUUGAACAUAUAACAUAUUAUAAAAUGUAUUUAUCAUAUAAAUUCCUUGAAUCAUUAUUAUUAUGUACUGUAUACUGUGUGUGUUACUGGUCUAUAUUUUAUUGGCAACUUUUAUUGUAUAAAAGAUUUGUUUUAACUUUUCUAAUAUUCAUUUGGUUGUUUAAUUUUUAGUUUUACAUAAAGUUUGCUAGUAGUUCCAUUGAGUAUAGAUAAUAUCUAUACUAAAUGGUAGUACUUAUAUUUAUAGUAAAAAUAAAAAAUAAAUUAUAAAUGUUAAUACCUACUUACAUAAUUAAACAGAUAUAUUAUUCUUUAUUUAUCAUUAUAUUUUCGUAUAUUAGAGUUAAAGGAAUUUUUUUUUUUUGUACAUUUUAAAUUUGUUAAUAAAUUAUGAUUGACAAGUUCAUAAAAAAAUAAUACUCAUCAAAUUUAAAAUAUUAAUUAAGUAUUUAAUUUAUGGUAUAACAAACUAGUAUAUAACAUUGUUAUUCAAUUUUUUGUAAUAAAAAGUAAAUGCUUGAAAUGACUGUUAGGUUUCAUUGUUGACAAGUUACCACUAAUUGUGUACCAAAACAGUUUAUAUUUUAAUUUUCAUCUCAUAUUUAACUGAUGGAUUUUAUUAUUUUUAAACUUAAUUUUAAUAGUUUUUAUUAAUUAUAAAAUACAUUUUUAUAUACAGAGUGUUUCAUUUGAUACUCUUCACUUAUUUUCUAAGUAUAUUUUUGUGUUCACAAAAUAUAUUAAUUUACUAAUUUAUGUAUUAAUUAAUUAAUUAUUUUUUUGGUUAUCUUUUUUUUUUUCAAUUAAAUAUUUUCAUAUUUUCAUUACUUUGUGUUAUUUGUAACAGCUAUACAAAAUUCAUAAAAAUAUUGUCAAUUUGAUUGUAUCUUUCGAUGAAUCUAAUAAUUCAGCAAAUUAUGUUACUUUUACUAAAAUAGUUGUUUAAAUUGUAAACAUGUAUAAUAAGGCUUUAUGGACUUAAAUAAGAUUUAAUUUAUUUGAUACACUUAAAAUAAUGGUUGAUCAUCCUCCGAUGUGAAGUAUUAAAUAAUGAAACACUUGUUUGUAUAUAUCUAUGCAAUAUUGUGAUGGAAACCUUGUGUACAUAUUCUUAAUUCUUUAUAUUCCCCUUUAGAACCAUUUCUCUUUUAUGUUUUUGUUUAGAUGACAUAAAUCGACAGCAUUACAAUGAAGGACGUUUACCAUCUCCUCCAUUGUACCAGAAUAAUAUGUCAGGAUAUAUGCAGUCAGAUCAACGAAAUUAUCCUCAUCAAACAGAAAAUGGAUAUCAGCAAGACGAUCCUUAUGGACAGUCAAUGCAAAAUUGUAUGCAACAACCACCGAUUUACAAUAGACCACCACCUCCAUUUAAUCAACCUCCACCUAAUAUUCAUUUACAACCUCCACGUAAGUGUAAAUAAUAUUGUUUUGUUUAUUAUUAUUUACUAACUAAACAACAAUUAUAGCUUCCAUGGAAUUGCCAGAUUUAAGUCGACCACCGCCAAAUUUUAUACAAAACAACUUUUCUUUACCUCCAAUUCAGCCAGACACUUCGUCUGAUGAUUUAUUGCCUUCAUUGCCAUAUUAUGAACUUCCAGCCGGUUUAAUGGUUCCAUUAAUCAAAGUUUGUUGAAAUAAAUACUAACUCAAUUUCAAUAUUAUUUUGUAAUCAUGUUGUCAUAUUAUAUUUAGUUGGAAGAAAGUAGUUAUAAACCUUUAGAUCCUGAUACAAUCAGAUUACCUCCCCCUGCUCCACCUACGGAACGUCUAUUAGAAGCAGUCAAAGCAUUUUACAUGCCUCCUGGGCAUUUUGCACCACGUGAUAGGUAAUCAGUAUAAACAUUUUAAAUUUGUAAAUUAUUAUUUACUCAAUAAUUUUGUAUCAGCGAUGGUUGGGAAAAGCUUGGUUUAUAUGAAUAUUAUAAAGCCAAAAAUUCUUCAAAAAAGCAGAAAGAAGAUGAAAUUGAGGCUAAACUUAGAGAAAAAUCAAAGUCUCCAUCUCCAAUUGUGUUACCUACAUUGAAGGAAAAGUCACCAGUUCGAAAAAAACGUUAUAGAAGGUAAGACAGUUUGAUUUAGUAAAAAAAAACCCUCAUUGUUCUAUGUAGAUAUUUUAUAAUUGAAGUCGAAGCCGUAGUCCAAAACAAACUCGUAGUCCAACUCGACGAGUAUCAAAUAAAAAAAAUAGUCCACCACCAACCCCUAACCGUGGUCGUCGAAGACGUUCUCCGUCCCGAUCACCAACUUCUUCCCCACCAUCUUCUCAACGAAGUCCUACGCCACCUUCUUUUGGAGGGUAAGUAAUUUUAAUAAUUAUAAAUAAUUUUUUUUUAAAAUGUCAAAUGAACUGUUCAUUUAGAACUGGUUUUGGCAAAACUGCCCAAGAACGUUUGGAUGAAUCAAAUAAAGGUCAUCAGCUUUUGAAAAAAAUGGGUUGGGGUGGUGCUGGUUUGGGUUCAAAGGAACAAGGUAUCGACACGCCUAUAAGCGGUGGUGACGUAAGUAAAAAAUAAUUGACCAAAUGUUUUGUUAUUAUCAAUUAUUUUCUUAUUGUUCAAUCGACAAAUCGGUAAUUGUUAUUGUAUAAAAAUGAUAUUGAUCUAUGGCUUUGUGUUGGUCGUCAUUAUUAAUUAGGUACGGGAUAGGAAUGAUCAAUAUAAGGGUGUGGGAAUCAGUUUGAACGAUCCGUACGAGAACUUCAGAAAGAGCAAAGGCAAGGCGUUCAUACAUAGGAUGCGCACAAGGGCCGAAGAACGAAUGGAAGGAAAUGCGUAGGUUUGUAUAGUGUUAAAUGUUAAUCAAUUUAUCAAUAAAUAUGAUGUAAUUAAUGUUUACAGGGUAAAUUGAUGAUUUUGAAAUGAAUUAUUUGAUUAAAAAAGAUAAUUUGUAUUAUUAUUAUAAAAUUAUUUAUAUGUGUUUAGUUGUAUACCAAUGUUAUUAUAAUUCAAAUUUUUAUUUAAACAAUUUGGUAAAGUCCAUUAGCAUACUGAUCAUAUAAACACUAGUUUACACAGAGCUUAGUACUUGUCAUUAGUAACCCACUUGUUCACUUACUUGCACCAUUUAUUAGGUAGAAUUAUGAAUGCGAGUAUUUAGAAUUUGGUUCUAUUGACAUCAAGUAACUACCCUCUCUACGACUAUACUACACACACUCCAUGUGAAUACUUGCUGAUAAAUACUAUCGGUGCUUAGUAGUAGUUAUAAAUACACCAUAUACUAAUAAGUUAAGUAGUACGUGUGAAUGUGAAGUGUCAAUUGCAAGUGACAAGUACUAUGCACCAUGUAUACCCAGCAACUCAUUGCAUUUUUCUACACGUUUGAUUAAAAUAAUUUUUGGUUUUAAUUUUAAUUUCAAAUUGGUCAUCAAAUAUUUCUAAUUGAAAAUAUUUUAGUAUUUUAUUUUACAUUUAUUUAUUGCAUUUUUUUUUUUUUUUUUUUUUUUUUUUUUUUUUUUUCUGUAAACCCUUUCUACCAGAAAGCAUACUCCGAUUAUCAGUAAGCCACGAGUUUUUUUACAAUAUUUAAUUAAUUAUAAGUUUAACUUAUAUUGAACUAUUAAUUUUAAUUUUUUUUUUUUUCUGUAAACCCUUUCUACCAGAAAGCAUACUCCGAUUAUCAAGUCUAGUACCUUUUCUGAAAGGAAAUAUUCUCUGGGUGGUACUUUAAAGAGGUCAUUUUUUGAAAUUCUCAUUAAUAUUCGAGAUAAAGGAAAACCUUGAUCUUUAGGUUAAAAAAUAUUGAAAGAUUAUAAAUAAGGUAGUAAUUGGCAACCGUUUUUAUUUAUUUUUCGUUAUUAUUAAGUUUUAUUAUUUUAAAAUUUUUAAACAAUCAUUAUUGUCAUGGAAACGCACAUUGUUGUAAUCAUCUUACCAUAACAUGAUAUAUAUCAUAUAUUGUAUUGUUGACAAAACAACACUAUCAACUAAACUCUGCUCAGAAUCUUUUUUUUUUUUAGCAAUAGUUUAUCGUUGCAUACAGAUAUACAUUAAAUUCUCAUCUGUAUCCUAUCCUUCUAACUUUCCACUUACAACAGUGGCUACACCCACAUGCUAAGUAUGUCAGUCCUUUUUUUAAAUUCUAUUUUGUAUUGGCUCAAAUGUGUUCUUAUAUAAAAAGCUGACUAUAAAAAUGAACUUAGCAUCAUAAGAAAUUUUGAGCGUAAGAACAAUUUCUACUUAAAUACUAUUAGCAAGUUCAUAUAAAAUAAAGAAAAACCAAGGAUAAAUAUUUUUAAUUUUUUUUUUUCUGGAGUAUAUCAUACAAAUAUUUAAUAAUAAUAAUUAAACUUAAUGGGUAUAUUAAUAUAUUUAUUAAACAUUAACAAUUUGUUUUAUUUGUAAUAUAAACAAGUUACUUGGUAACAACAUGUUAAUUUAAGAUAUGAAGUUCUAUAAGUUUUGGUUACUAAAACUCAGCACUAUAUAAUUAUUUAUGACUUAUCAUUAAUCAAAAUUACUAAUUUUUCAAUAACAAUUAUUAUUACCAUAUAAUAAAACUUAUUUUUUAAUUAUUUGUUGUAUUAUAGUAAAAUAAUUUAUUUCAGUUUUUGUUUUGUUUUCGGUAUUGAUUUUUUUUGUUUAUUAAUGUUUUUUGAAAACGUUUUUAUCCCUAAAAAAGACUGAAUGGCUCCAAUAAUGUGAUACAUAAUAAUACAUAAGGUUAUUUUAAUUUGAGAUAACGAGAGUUAAUAAUGCUAACAAUAUUAAAGUUUUCUAUAAAACAUGUAAUCAUUUAUCUAAACAUUUAAUAGUAAAAUUAAUUCCACAUAAAUUAUAUAAGUAAGAAAUAGAAAUUUCAUUAAUAGAAUCAUGUCUUGAAUUCUAAUUAUUCUAUUCAUUUUGAUAUCAAAUAAGAUCUAGUUUUUUAAACAACCGGAAGAACUUUAUGUUACCUUUGUGUUUGAGAAAUUACAUAUUUAUAAUGAGGUUUAUCAACCUGAAAAUAAUACAUUCAGAAUAUUUUAAUUGUUCAAACGGAUAUAAAAUAUAAUGAUUUAUAUAAUACACCAUGGUUUAAUACAUACUUAUGUUAUUGUGUUUCAUUUAUUUUUAAAUUUUUUAGUUUUUUACAAUUUUUUUUUUUUCUGUGGACAAUUUUUCUACCAGCAAUUUUACUGAAAUUUUUAAUUAUAGUACUUUAUGGAGGCCAUUUUAAGAUUCUCCUAGUUAUUUUCAUAAUACUAGAAAAUGGGAAAAUAGGUACAUUAUUAAAGAAAAUAUAUAAUGCAAAUGUAAUUAUUUUACCAUAAUAUAACAUAUAUAUCAUUGACAAAGCAAUACUACAAAAAAUCCAAGAAUAUGAACAAUUUCAAAUCAACUAACUUUUAAAUCAAAUUUUUCUUUUAACAUUUAUGUUACAUUGAACUUUUUAAAGAGUGCUGUUUUGUAGGGAGUGCACAUGAAGUGGUUAACUUAUCAUACCCAAAAUUUGUAAAAAUUAUUUUUACAAUUUACCUUAUAGAAUUCCUAACCCACAAAUUCAAAUAUUUAACAUUAAUUUUGAAUACCUAUAUCUAGAAUCUCCGUAAUAUAUUAUAGUAAUACUCAUAGCUUAUACACUUUAUUUUAAUUUACAUCAGUGUUCUUUUUAUUUUUACUACUUAUUUAUUUUCUAAAUCUAAGUAGACUAAAAUAAAAAUUUUACUAAAAGUAACAAUUUAUAAAACAUGUAUAUUAUAUAGAUAUGUUUAAAAUAUGUAUAUACAACGUGUUUCAAAAUUCUUCAUCCGAUUACAAACUGAUAUAGUUCAGCAAUCAUUAAGCGCAGGUUAAAAACCUAUAUAAGAAUAUAAAGACAAGGUGGUCAAGUUUAUUUUAAGUAGUUUUGCUAAUAAAAUCUGUAUUGAUUAGUGAACAGCACUGUCAGUUUAUUUUGGAAUGGCAAUUUUGCCACAGAAAGUGUUUUGUGUCCUUUUUUUCAGUCGUUGCAAGUCAGCAAUAACCACUCAAUGUGAGUUUCAAAGAACAAAUUAAACUCGAGCCCAAAAUGUUCAAAACCUUUGACAUUGGCAUCAAACAUUUCAAGAAAGUGAUUUUUUUGUGAAGUGAAUUUUUUAAUUUGUAAAAAAUGCUUAGGUCGACUUCAUACCUCUUUUGGAAGGAAUCUUUUAUUGAUUUAUGUUGGGCAACCUGUGAGGAUCACAUAGAACAUUUGUAACCAAACUAAUUAAAACUUGAAAAUUUUAAGAAUACUUUUUACUUCAUUCCGUCCGUAUAUCUUCAAUUUUAAAAUUGGAUAAAAAAUUUUACAAUACGCUGUAUAUAUGUAUAAAUUCUUCAUUAAAAACUUUAAUAAUAAUAGUGUUUGACGAGAAUGAUUCUUAAUAUUAUGCAUUCGUGAUUAAAGUACUCGCAAUAAUGUUCACAAUAUUUGUGUACCUUCUUUACUAAAAAUAUUAUUUUUUGUAUACAUUGAGAUUCUUUGAAUCAUCUCAUGCUAGUCUAUUGUUUCAGGUGAACAAUGUCCAUGUUAUAUUAUUUGUUUUAUUAUGGUUAAUAAUACUUUUUGAUAGUACACCUCUAACCAUAGAGGUGUAGUGAACCACAUUGUAUUGCAAAUAUAUAUAUUUCCUAGUAAUAAUUAUUUUAGCAUACGAGUGGAUAAUACCAUAAAGAACAACAUACAGAAAUUAACUACUACUUUGUGAAUAUUUUUAUUUACUAGGUCAAAUUUUAUUUUGAUAAAUUUAAUUAACUAUAAGAUAGUUACAUGAACUUUUAUAAUUAUCGCGUAAAGUCUACAGUGUAUAUAUAAUAUUGUAAUGAAAGAUGUCGUUAAAACUGAUUUUCUGUUUAAAAUUUAGGUGAGGAAAUUAUAUUAUACUUUUAUAUGAAACGAAAAUUUCAUAAAAUAUUGAUGUACAAUUUGUAAAUUUGUAUAUCAUUAGUAAUUGUAUUGUAUUUUUAUUUGUUAUUUAAGUUAAGCAACCCCUUCCCCAUUGCAUUUUUGUGUCACCUGUAUAGAAAUGUUAUACAGUUAAACGUCUUUUUAAAUUUUUUUUAAAAAAAUGUAAUAAACUAAACAUUCAAACUAUAACAACAUAUUAAAUAUACUAUAC